GGUGGGAUGGGAGGCGCCUCACUCCAAGGUUAAUGAUUCAAAGCAGGAGCUGCUCGAGAUUGACAGAUAGACAAAGAAGAGGAAAGACUGAAAGUGAGAGAGGGAGGGAGGUGGUCAGAGGUAAAAAUAGGAAAAGCCGAGGAGCAGAGAUGACACCGUAAGCUGGGAACGUGUGCAGGACGUGUAAUGCGAGGCAGCGAGCCUGCAGACUACACUCAGGUGUGUCCGGUGUGUAGACAGUCUGGGGGUCAGACAGGACAGGUUAUUAUUCAGUUCCUAUGGUACUUACAGUUAUUAUAGGUUGGGCAGACGCUUCUUAUCUUCUCUUCUGGCCACUUACAGCCUACAGUCAUGGAGAAGCAACUACAGGAUUUGAGGCAGCAGCUGGAAAAACAAUGUCUGAUCAACCAGGAGCUGCAGAGACAGAACAAAGACCUGGAACAUCGACUGCAAGAGAAGGAGAAACUUUUGCAGGAGCUGCAGAGUCAGUAUCACGAACUGGAGGCGCCCACCCUCAGCGCCAACGAGAGCGAACCCGCGUACAGGACGAGCCGCGCCGCCGUCAUCGCCUCGGAGCCCAUUCCGGAGACCGUGGAGAUCACGCGCAGCAGGGUCAAGAAAACAGCCAGUGAGACGAGCCUCAUCGUCAAAGCCAUCCAGAAGAACGACUUCCUGAGCCGCCUGGACGAUGAGCAGACGGCCAUGAUGGUGGACCUCCUGGUGGUGUCCAACCUGAAGGUGGGGGACGAAGUCAUUCAGGAGGGCACCGAAGGCGACAGCAUGUACAUAGUUGCAGAUGGCGUGCUGGUGGUCACGCAGGCGGGUCGUGAGCUCCGGACCCUCAGCAGUGGGGACGUGUUUGGGGAGUUAGCCAUCCUGUACAACUGCAAACGGACGGCCACAGUCAAAGCGACGUCGGCGGUGCGACUGUGGUGCAUGGAGCGACACACCUACAGGACCAUCAUCACCAACAAGUCCAAGAAGAAACGGGAGCAGCUCAUGCGCUUCCUGAAGACGGCUCAGACUCUGAAGGACCUCAAUGACGUCCAGCUGUCCAAGAUCAUCGACUCCAUGGAGGAGGUGAAGUACCAGGACAAAGACGUUAUAGUCCAAGAAGGGACUGAAGGAGACACAUUCUACAUCAUCCUCAAAGGAGAGGUCCUGGUGACCAAAAACGUGAACGGGCAGCAGAAGCAGAUUCGCAGGAUGGUGGAAGGGGAGCAUUUUGGCGAGCAGGCCCUCAUACGGGAGGUGCUGAGAACUGCCACCUGCACCGCUGACGGGCCCGUUACUUGCUUCUCCAUCGACAAGGAGGUAUUUGAGGAGACGAUUCCAAUAGAACACCUGGAGCUGUUUGAUGACUCCAAAGUGCUGCAGCAAAGUCGAGCUCCGGUAAAGGCGAGUCUCAGCUCCACCCUGACGCUCGAGGACAUGGUUCCUGUGUUCUACCAGGAGGGCCGUUACCAGGGAGACCCCGUCACGCUCGGCGUCGGGGGCUUCGGUCGCGUCGAGCUGGUGACCACGCUGAAGCAGGGCAAAUAUUACGCCAUGAAGCGAGUCAGCAAGAAGCACAUUGUCUCCAAGAGACAAGAGGAGCACAUGCUGUUCGAGAAGAAGAUCCUUAAAGCCAUACAGUGUGACUUCAUCGUCAGACUUCAUGCAGCUUUUAAAGACACGCGAUACAUCUACAUGGUGAUGGAGUUCUGCAGCGGAGGAGAGAUCUGGACCAAGCUCAAAGAAGUAGGGCGAUUCGACGAGCCCAUCGCCGUGUUCUGCGCCGCCUGCGUGGUGGAGGCCUACUCCUACCUCCAUAAGAAGAACAUCAUGUACAGAGACCUGAAGCCCGAGAACCUGAUGAUGGAUGUGAAGGGUUACAUCAAGCUGAUAGACUUUGGUUUUGCUAAGGAGCUGGUGCGUGGGGAGAAAACGUACUCGUUCGUUGGGACUCCUGAGUACAUCGCUCCCGAGAUCAUCAAGAACCAAGGACAUGACUUCGCCGUCGACUUCUGGUCUCUGGGCAUCCUGAUCUUUGAGAUGCUGGCAGGAAGCCCCCCCUUUUCAAGUUCCGAACCCCAGAGGAUUUAUGCCAAGAUUCUGGAUGGCGUGCUGAAGUACCCGCCUUUCAUGAACGAGGCGGCUAAAUCUAUUAUCAGUAAGCUGUGCAGACCUCGGCCAGGUCAGAGGUUAGGGAACACCAAGAACGGCAUCAAAGACGUCCGACAUCACCGGUGGUUCAGCAGCAUGAACUGGCACAAGCUGCGCGUGGGUCAGAUCAACGCCCCCACGGGUCCCUGCUACAUCAACUUCGAUCGUUUCCCUGCCGACCAGAAUAAGGCGGACGAGGAGUUUUCUGGCUGGGACCGUGACUUCUGAUCCUGACAAACAGAGGAAACUUCAUACAUUUAAUGUUAUUUUACAAAUAACACGGGCUCAUUUUAGCGUUUACCUUGUAGGAUCUCGUUUUCGCCACCUUGUCUGUAGUUUAUACAGAUCACACUGAUGACUUUUUUCUACCUGAUGGGAUCAGCAAAUAAAAGCUCUCAUACGCUG